AUUGUCAUCGUUGAGCGUUCAGUUCAGUUCAGUUCCAAAGACAAGUCAAUUGGAUAUAUUUGUUAUUCGUUAUUUGAUAUUACAGAAGAUUUUUAUAUAUGAUCUUUGUAAUUUACAUGUAAUUUCUCAAUUGAAAUAUCAUAAAUAAACGCCACAAAAAUAAAGUUAAUAACGCAAAAAAUCAAUAAAUUUUUCUUUUAUAAAUUCAAUAUUUCGAAAUAAUUUCCGAGACGAAUAUGGCUGAUCAUAAAAGUGAUGACUUAGCAACUGCAAUCUUGAAACGAAAGGACCGUCCAAAUCGUUUACUCGUUGAGGAAGCUGUCAAUGAUGACAAUUCGGUAGUGUCAUUGUCACAGUCAAAAAUGGACGAGCUGCGUUUGUUCCGAGGUGAUACGGUGCUACUAAAAGGAAAACGCCGCAAGGAAACUGUUUGUAUUGUUUUGUCUGACGAUAACUGUCCCGAUGAGAAAAUUCGCAUGAAUCGCGUUGUACGUAACAAUUUACGUGUUCGUCUCGGUGAUGUUGUAUCAAUUCAGUCAUGUCCUGAUGUCAAAUAUGGUAGUCGAGUACACAUUUUACCUAUUGAUGACACUGUUGAAGGUCUAACUGGAAACGUCUUUGAGGUUUAUUUAAAACCAUACUUUCUUGAGGCAUAUCGGCCGAUUCACAAAGAUGAUACAUUCUUAGUUCGCGGAGGAAUGAGAGCCGUUGAAUUCAAAGUGGUUGGUACGGAUCCAUCACCAUAUUGCAUUGUAGCCCCAGAAACGGUAUUGCAUUGUGAAGGAGAUCCAAUCAAACGCGAAGAAGAAGAAGAAGCAUUGAAUGCAGUGGGCUAUGACGAUAUUGGAGGUUGUCGUAAGCAAUUGGCUCAAAUUAAAGAAAUGGUUGAACUUCCAUUGAGACAUCCAUCGCUUUUCAAGGCAAUUGGUGUAAAACCACCUCGUGGAAUACUUAUGUAUGGUCCACCCGGGACAGGCAAGACUUUGAUUGCACGGGCUGUAGCUAACGAAACGGGGGCAUUUUUCUUCCUAAUCAAUGGUCCAGAGAUCAUGUCCAAAUUGGCCGGAGAAUCUGAAUCAAAUUUACGGAAAGCUUUUGAGGAAGCUGAGAAGAAUUCACCAGCAAUUAUUUUCAUCGAUGAGUUAGAUGCUAUAGCACCAAAACGUGAAAAAACACAUGGAGAAGUGGAAAGACGUAUUGUUUCACAACUAUUAACUUUGAUGGAUGGAAUGAAAAAGAGUUCACACGUCAUUGUUAUGGCCGCGACCAAUCGACCCAAUUCCAUUGAUCCAGCACUUCGUCGCUUCGGCCGAUUUGAUCGUGAAAUUGAUAUUGGUAUACCAGAUGCUACUGGUCGACUAGAGGUAUUACGUAUUCACUCGAAAAAUAUGAGAUUGGCUGAUGAUGUUGAUUUAGAACAAAUAGCUGCUGAAUCACAUGGUCAUGUUGGUGCUGAUUUAGCCUCACUAUGUUCGGAAGCUGCUCUACAACAAAUUCGUGAAAAAAUGGAUCUGAUCGAUUUGGAAGACGAUCAAAUCGACGCUGAAGUUUUGAACUCGCUGGCUGUUACAAUGGAUAAUUUCCGUUAUGCAAUGACCAAAUCCUCACCAUCUGCGUUGCGAGAAACAGUUGUCGAAGUUCCUAACGUUACUUGGACUGACAUUGGUGGACUUGAAAGUGUUAAAAAGGAAUUACAAGAACUGGUUCAAUAUCCAGUUGAGCAUCCGGAUAAAUUCCUUAAAUUUGGUAUGCAGCCAUCACGAGGUGUCUUAUUUUAUGGACCACCUGGUUGCGGUAAAACAUUGUUGGCAAAGGCAAUUGCCAACGAAUGCCAGGCCAACUUUAUUUCGGUUAAGGGACCCGAAUUGCUAACCAUGUGGUUUGGUGAGUCGGAAGCUAAUGUUCGCGAUAUUUUUGAUAAGGCACGCUCAGCCUCCCCAUGUGUAUUAUUCUUUGAUGAAUUGGACAGCAUCGCUAAAUCACGAGGUGGAAAUGUUGGUGAUGCCGGAGGUGCUGCUGACCGCGUAAUUAAUCAAAUUUUGACUGAAAUGGAUGGUAUGGGAGCAAAGAAGAACGUCUUCAUUAUUGGAGCUACAAAUCGACCAGACAUUAUUGACUCAGCAAUCUUACGGCCAGGACGAUUGGACCAACUUAUUUAUAUUCCAUUGCCUGAUGAGAAAUCACGUGAAGCCAUUCUAAAGGCAAAUCUUCGAAAGAGCCCAUUGGCCAAAGAAGUUGAUUUGACAUACAUUGCAAAAGUAACACAAGGUUUUUCUGGAGCAGAUUUAACUGAAAUUUGCCAACGUGCUUGUAAAUUGGCUAUUCGACAUGCCAUCGAGGCCGAUCUUAAAAGAGAACGUGAACGUGCUGAAAAUCAACAAUCGGCUAUGGACAUGGAUGAAGAUGAUCCAGUACCAGAAAUUACACGUUCUCAUUUUGAAGAAGCAAUGAAAUUCGCACGUAGAUCAGUCAGUGACAACGAUAUUCGCAAAUAUGAAAUGUUUGCUCAAACAUUGCAACAAUCUCGUGGAUUCGGUACAAAUUUCCGCUUUCCAACCGGUGGAAUUGCUGGCGCUCCACCUUCAGGCAGUUCAUCACUUGGAAACUCAAGCUCGGCGGGCAACGGUGGCGGUCAAGCUCAAGCUGAUGGAGAUGAUGAUCUCUAUAACUAGAUUUGAGAUCAUUAUAUUAAUAAAAUAAUGAAACAAGAAUAUCCCCAUAAAAACAUAGAAGGGCUAAACCAUAUUUUCUCAACAACAAAAUUCAAACAAAAUAUUUCUUAACAUUAAGCAAAUGCAUACAGAAAAUCAAUUCCCAGUUAAAUAAAAGUGAAUAAAUAAAA